UUGCCUUUAUUUGUCCAAGUAGUGUAGUGUAUUGUGAAGUGUAGUAGAACUUAUUCAAUUUUAUUUUGCCAUAUUUACUGCAAUGACUUCGUUGACAUUGUGCUGCUCGCGUCGUGCGCUCGCUGCCAACGCCUACGCCAGCGCAAAUUGGCGGCUCAUACAAACACUUCAAAGGCGCCAACAACAACAACGAGAGCAAUGGAGGUGUCUCCAAUCAGCUGCAUUGGCAACAACAACAACAAGAUCCACUGUCAUGGCGCCAAAAUCAAAUGCAAAUUUUUGCGCUGACUUUCGCAUGAUGUCGUCGUCUACUGGUGCCGCACCCAAACUGGUGGCUGUUGAGGAAUCGCGCCGCUUUAUGAUCGACUGCUUCAAGGCUGUUGGCGUGCCUGAAGCGGCGGCAGUGGCUCAGGCUGAGCUGCUGGUGGCAGCCGAUCAUCGCGGUCAUUUCAGCCACGGCAUGAAUCGCCUGGAGAUGUACAUUAACGAUCUGAAGAUUAAUUCGACGGAUGGCGGCGCAGUGCCCAAAGUGUUGAAGGAAACACCCGCAACUGCUUGGGUGGAUGGCGCCAAUGGUUUGGGCGCUGUUGUUGGCAACUACUGCAUGGAUUUGGCCAUCAAGAAGGCCAAGACUGUGGGUGUGGGCUGGGUCUGCGCCAGAAAUUCCAAUCACUACGGCAUGGCCGGCUGGUAUGCGCUGCGAGCAAUGGAGCACGGCCUUGUGGGCAUGUCCAUGACGAAUACCUCACCGCUGAUGGCACCCACCCACGCCAAGACGGCGGCGCUAGGCACCAAUCCGCUCUCAUUGGGCGCUCCGGGUGCCAACGGUGAUAACUUCCUGCUGGAUAUGGCAACAACGGCUGUUGCUGUGGGCAAAAUUGAGAUUCAACGACGCAAGGGCGCUGCACUGCCCGAUGGCUGGGCGCAGGAUCCUGAGGGCAACAUGACCAACGAUGCCGAGCUGGGCUUCAAAACUGGCUGCCUGAUGCCUCUGGGUGGCUCCGAACUCACCUCUGGCUACAAGGGCUACGGCUUGGGCGCUAUGGUGGAUAUUCUGUCUGGUGUUAUGGCUGGUGCCAACUAUUCCACCAAGGUGCGCAAGUGGACGCAUGCAGGCGCCGAUUCAGCAGCUGAUUUGGGUCAAGUCUUCAUUGCUGUCGAUCCCAACUGCUUCUCGCCAGAUUUUGCUGAGCAUAUGAGCGACUUCAAUACGCGUCUGCGCAGCUCAGAGCCCACUGAUCCUAAGAAACCCGUGCUGCUGCCCGGCGACAAGGAGGCCAACAACAUGAAGAGCGUUGAUGCUGCGGGCGGUAUUCAGUACUUGGAGAAUCAGCUAAACACCUGCGCCAGCCUUGCUGAGAGACUAAACAUUGCUCCGCUCAAGUUCAACGCAUAGUUGGAGCGUUUACUUUGCAUUUCGGUUGACCAAAGCUGGUUAGUGCCUAAGUUUAUAAAUAUUUAACUACUUUCGCUGAGUUAACUUCAAGUUCUCAUGAUAUUUGUAUAUGUACACCCAGACCAAUGAUAUGCUACAUACCAUUCUUACACACAUAACGUGCUAUGAUAUUGAAAGCCAAUAAAUUAAAUGAGGCUAUAAAU